AUGGAUUCUGCUAGUGCCUGUGUGAUAACCGAUAAUGCGACAACUGUUGUGGGAAAAGAAUUUCAAGCGUUAUUGAAGCAUUGGAAAAUCCAGCAUUGGGCUAACUCACGCCACCACAGCCAAGCUAACCCGGUGGAACGAGUUAACAGGACCAUCAAUGCUUGUCUCCGAACUUAUAUGCAACAGGAUCAGCGGCUAUGGGAUACAAAAAUAAACGAGGUUGAGGAAAUGCUAAAUACAACCAUCCACUCAUCUACUGGUUACAGUCCCUACCAUAUACUCUAUGGACAUGAGAAAGUCACCAAAGGUGACGAGCAUCUGUUGGAUAGGGAUGUAAGGGACAUUUCAGUAGAUGAGAGGAAUGAGCUUCGAGACGACAUUAACAAAAAGUUGUUUCACAUCGUAGCAAAGAACCUGGGAAAAAGUUAUACGAAGACCACGAAAGUGUAUAACCUGAGGCACAAAAAGUUUUGUCUGACUUACCAGAUAGGACAAAAGAUCUACAAGCGCAACUUUAAACCAUCCGUAGCUGUAGCUAAAUAUAAUGCUAAAUAUGGUCCAGUGUACACUCCAUGUGUAAUAAUCGCCAAACGAGGAACUAGUUCGUACGAGGUUGCAGAUGAAAACGGGAAAAAUCUAGGAGUAUUUUCCGCUGCAGACCUUCGCCCAGGAACAGCAAGCCUAAAAUAA